GUUUUACUGAAUAAUUUUUCUAUUUUUCAGCAAGGAGUACCCGCCACUGUACUACUAGCAUUCCUGCUAUCUGUUCGAGUAGAAGAGGCGCCUUCUGAGCAGCAGCAGCAGAGCAUUCCCUCCAUCACCAUACUUGUUUUAUGAACAGAGGACAGAUAGAUCAGCACAACCAUGCUUCCAUCAAUCUCCUCUAACUCCUCAGGGAUCCUCUUCUUCCGCCUUCGAGCUCUUCUCAACUCCACCACUUUGCUUCUGCAACCCUUUUCCUCCGCAUCCUCUCAAUCCACGCCGCUUCCUGGCGCUAACGGCCCAAAACCCAUUUCAAAUUCUUCAAUAGACUUCGAUCACGAUACCAUCAAAGAAAUCCUCUCGUCGUAUGGUAAUGAUUGGAGACGGGCAUUUGAUUUCUUCAACUGGGUCGAAACCGAUUGCGGAUUUCGGCAUACCACCGGUACGUAUAAUCGGAUGAUUGACAUUUUGGGUAAGGUUUUCGAGUUCGAUCUUUCAUGGGAUUUGGUUCAACGGAUGCGGGAAAAUGCCGUUUCGAUGCCUGACCACGUCACAUUUCGAAUCAUGUUCAAGCGAUAUGUGUCGGCCCAUCUUGUGAAAGAGGCAAUGGAUGCGUUUAAUCGAAUGGAUGAGUUCAAUUUGAAGGACGAGACUUCUUUUUCGAAUCUCAUCGACGCUCUUUGCGAGUAUAAGCAUGUUAUUGAGGCAGAAGACUUGUGUUUGGGGAAGGCCGGGUUCAGGAAUUUGCCAUUUAACAUGAGCACAAAGAUUUAUAAUAUGAUUCUUCGCGGGUGGUUUAAGAUGGGGUGGUGGAGCAAGUGUAGGGAUUUUUGGGAAGAGAUGGAUCGGAGGGGUGUUCAAAAGGACUUGCAUUCGUAUUCAAUCUAUAUGGACAUCCAGAGCAAGAAGGGGAAGCCAUGGAAGGCUGUGAAACUGUACAAGGAGAUGAAGAAGAGGGAAAUUAAAUUGGAUGUGGUGGCGUAUAACACUGUGAUUCGGGCUAUUGGUGCUUCGGAGGGUGUUGAUGUAGCUGUUAUGCUUUAUCGAGAGAUGAUGGAAUUGGGCUGUGAGCCAAAUGUGGUAACAUAUAAUACAAUUAUUAAGAUGCUCUGUGAAAAUGGGAGAAUUAGGGAAGCAUAUGCCGUGCUUGAUAAAAUGCCUAAGAAGGGUUGUAUGCCUGACGUAAUCACAUAUCACUGCAUAUUUCGGUCUAUGAACAAGCCAAAAGAGAUUCUUAAGCUGUUCGAUAGAAUGAUCGGGUUUGGGAUUCGGCCAAGGAUGGAAACCUAUGUAAUGCUAAUGAGAAAGUUUGGGAGAUGGGGCUUCCUUCGACCCAUUUAUGUAGUAUGGAAGAAGAUGGAAGAAAAUGGAUGCAGCCCAGAUGAGUUUGCAUACGAUGCUUUAAUUGAUGCUCUGUUGGAUAAGGGCAUGGUGGAUAUGGCUUGGAAGUAUGAUCAGGAAAAGUUAGCUAAAGGACUUGCAGCUAAACCAAGGGUAGAGUUGGGUACAGAGCAACUGGGUGGAGGAUCUAAUGAAGGAUUUUCAUAGCUUGUAAUUUAAUGGAGGAGGUAUGUUUCUUUAAUACUCCAUAGCGUGCGACGUUGGGGUUUGGGGCUGUUUUCAAGGUUAGCAAAAGCGCUAAUUUUAUAUAGAGCUUUGUCCUAGGAGAUAGCAAUGGUGGGGAGGACCUAACGAAGGAUUUUCACAGCCCAUUUUUUAAUAGAGGCUACAAGCUUUUCUAAUGCUAAUGCAUGACUUGGAAUGCCAGUGAGUUACGGUAGAUAGGGCAGAAUUAUGGCAAAUGGAUGCUGUGAUAUGGAUAGAAGUGUGUAAUAAUGAUUUCAGGCUUUCAGGUAACUGAGCAGAGAUUGAGGUAUGACUGUAUGAGAAUGGAUCAUAACGUGUGUGUUAAGGCAUGUCAUGUCCUAGAAAAUGACUUCCAUUUCUGCUUUAGAUGCUUGCUCAUUCCAUGGUAAAAAGAAGGAUGUCCAAACAAUUCACUUGCGGUUUGGAAACUUUAUCAACUUCUGCUGUUGCAAGCGUGCCAGUGAAUGGCUCAGAAUCAUUUUUGCAUGAGUUUCAAUAGUUGAUGAGCUUAGGGUGUUGCUAACUCCUGCUUUGAGGUCUGAUCUUCUGCAUUUGGCCUGCAACUUUAUUGCUUUGCUCAUCAAAUGGCAUGAGUUAUCAUCCUAAGCCCUAAGGAUAUCAUCUCUUCUUCUUCCCUGGUUUAAAAAAUUUCUGGCUGCAUUUUCAUGGACAUUAUUGCAGAUCUAAGUCCCAAGCCCUGAUUUGGGGAUCAUUGAGUGUGCUGUUUGUCAGCGUUCUUUCCAUGUGAAAGCUCAUUUAUGUCUUACCCGUUUAUUACUUUCUUUGACUCUUUUCAAGGAGCUAAUUUACCUUUGUCAUAUACGCACAUGGUUGGCUGACUGCUAUAGUAUGGUGAUGUUACCUAGAA